AUGGCUGGAAUUUCAGCUGCACGUCUUACCGAAGAACGAAAAGCCUGGAGACGAGAUCAUCCAUUUGGAUUUAUUGCUAGACCAGCUAAAAAUACAGAUGGAACACUAAAUCUUCUUAAUUGGGAAUGUGGUAUUCCAGGCAAAACAGGUACACCAUGGGAAGGUGGCUUAUUUAAAUUACGUAUGGUAUUCAAAGAUGAUUAUCCAUCCACUCCACCUAAAUGUAAAUUCGAACCACCACUAUUUCAUCCAAAUAUUUAUCCAGUAUGUAAAUUUGAAAAUAAAAACAAAAGAUGA